CGUUGUCAAGGAGACGCCGAGCGCGGCUCGGGCCUGGCCCAAGUUCCAGGCCCGGGCCCGGGCCGUGCCCCCGGCGCCGGGGCUGAUCCCGGGGCUCCGCGCCCGCUCGGGGCCUCACCUGCGGGCAGGGCUCCGCGCCGCGCGGCUCAGAGCCGCCGUCCUCCAUGCCGGGCCAUGGCCGGGGGCGGCGCGAGGAAAGAGGCUUAGGCCGCGCCCGCGCUAAUCCGGAGGAGCGGGCAGGGCUGACCCGGCGGGAGCGCCGUUCUGCCCGCGCCACUGCCCGCCCCAGCGCGGCCGCCGCCAGGCGCAGCCCGCGGACCGCAGCGACAUGGGCGACGGGACCGGGGCCUGGGGCGCCCUCGGCCGCGGUCCCGGCUUCUGGUACUGCCCCGGGCGGCUGGAGGCGUCCAGCGAGGAGGAGGAGGAGGAUGAUGAAGAGGAGGAUGAGGAGUGGCCUUGGUCGUGGCCGUGGCCCGUGGACGUUCCCGGUGCGGUUCCCGAGGCUGUUCCCAGUGCAGUUCCCGAGGCCGUUCCCGAUGCGGUUCCUGGGGCCGUUCCCAAUGCGGUUCCCGAGGCCGUUCCCGGUGCGGCUCCCGGUGCUGGCGGCGGCCCCGGCGCCACGUUCUGCGGGCUCCGAAAAGCGUUUUUGGUGCAGGAGCCGCUGCGGCUCCCCCCGAGCGCGCUGGAGGCGAAGCUGCGCCGGCUGCCGGCACCCCGGCAGCCCCGGCCCACGGCAGAGGAAGCGGAGCGGAACGCGCGGGAGCUGGUGGCGGAGGAGGAGCGGGUGAAGAGGAAAGCAGAGAAGAAGAAGCUGAAGAAGAAGAAGCAGAAAGACCGGAAGAAACGGGAGAAGCUGGGACGGGAGGCCCAAGCCAAGCAGGAGGCUGAGUCGAGCCCCCCAUCCCCGAGCAGCACGACAGGCACUGGGUACCCCCAAAGUGGCGAUGCUCAGGAGGAAGAAGGGGGGUGGCCGGGCCCCAGCCCUGGGGACAGCGCAGCCGCCGCCGGGGAGGAGCGGGGAGAGCGGGAGGCCCCAGCAGAGGAGAUGGAGGAGGAGCUGGACCUGAGCUGCACCUUCGUGUUCAAAGCGCGGCAGAAAGCCGGCGUGCGGCUGCCGGCGCCCGGGAGGGAGAAGCCGCCCGGGACAGACACGGAGCCGGUCGGGAGCGCAUCGGGAAAGGUCCCCCAGCCCCUGGACACCAGCGCCGUGCAGCAGAGCCUGGUGCUCGCAGGCCACGGCAACGCGGCGGCGCUGCGGGGCCGUUACACCGAGGCGGUGCGGGCGUUCACCGCGGCGCUGCAGCUGAACCCCCGCGAGCACCGGCUCCUCGGGAACCGCUCGUACUGCUACGAGAAGCUGCAGCGCUACGAGGAGGCGCUGGGGGAUGCGGAGCGGGCGCUGGGGCUGCAGCCGCGCUGGGCCAAGGGCCUCUUCCGCAAGGGCAAGGCCCUGCGGGGGCUCCAGCGCUACGCUGAGGCCGCCCGGACCUUCGAGGAGCUGCUGCGGCUGCGCCGCACCAACACCAGCACCGGAACCGACACCGAUGCGGCCGCGCAGCUUGAGGCCUGUCGGGCCCUGCUGCGGCAGAGCAGCCUGGGGGGGGUCCCCACAUCCCCCGUGUCCCCCCCAUCACUGUUGGAGGCUGUAGAGCCGGUGAUGCCUCUCUCUGGGAGCAGCUGGGACACGGACACAGACACGGACACGAGCGGCUUCAUCACCAUCGUGAGCGCCAGGGGCCAGGCCCAGCCCCCAGCCCAGGGCCCCCCGCCGCUGCCGCCGACCUACCCCCCCAGGGGCUGCUUCCCACUCUGGGUGGGCAACGUCACCCCCCGGAUCAGCAGGAGCGUGCUGCAGCGCUGCUUCGGACAGUUCGGGGAGCUCCGCUCCAUCCGGAUGCUGCCUGAGCGCCGCUGCGCCUUCCUCAACUACACCUGCAAGGAGGCGGCUGAAGCCGCGUUUGAGGCCAUGAGGGACUCCCCGGUGGAGGGCACCCUCCUGGCUCUGCAGCUCAAGCACCCAUCUCACGCCACCCCCCCCCCGCGCUGGUACCGGCAGCCUUGCCCGGGGGGGCCCCUGUAACCGCGGAGACCCCCCCGUUCCAGUGCCUCCUGCCCGCACCCAGCCUGUGCCUUCUCCUGCCGCGGGCAGCAGGACCGGCCCCCCCCGCCACCUCCCCGUACCGGGUGCUGGGGGGGGGGGGGCCGGUUCCCCCGCCCCCCCCUCAGGGACUUGCCCCCUUUGGGGGUUUUAAUAAACCCGAGCCCCAGCGCCA